GUUUCUCAGACCUUGCUGUGCUUGACGUGCCAUGGCGACGGCGUCCAUCUCUCCUUCCAGAAACUUUUUUUUAAGUUGGAAAUCAGGGGAUUUCAAGAUCCAUCCUGCAUUUCUUUCAUUAAAAUCAGGAUUCCAAAGUACUUGCAGAAAUGGUUCUUCAAAUAGAGUUCAUGCAUUGCCUUGGUUUUUUACCGAUUUCACAUCAAUUCAGGGCACACAUUUAUCUAGACGAUGUUCUGUUAUUGUGUGUACUGGUUCUCAGAAUUACGACUUCAAUGAGAAGAUGAAGCUGCCUUUAGAUAUUUAUGAUCAUGAUGGGAAGCUCAUUUCCUAUGUGGAUUAUUCUCUCAAGCUAUUGCAUGAAUUGGCUGCAAAUGUUUUUGCUGAUUUUAAAUCUCAUGAAUCCUCAAAAAACUUUCUGAAACUUGUCAAGGCAUGGAUAGGUGUGGAUGUCGACUUACAUCUCCGGCAAACUGCAUAUCUGGCAGCAGUCUAUGGUUUUCUUAAAGCUGUAAUGGAUAUGGUUAGCAUGUUUGAUGAUCAACAUCUUUUAUGCAUCAGCCUUACAUCAAAUUUAAGCUUGAUCAUGGAAUGCAUCGAAGAGGUGUUGGAAAACAAGGACCUCGAACUAAUGAAACGGUUUAGAAUAGAACAAGUUCUUGUGUUGAAUCGAUACUUUGCUCCUUCAUUGGAAAGAUGGGCCUCAGAAUAUGCAAAAUGGAAGACAUCCAAUGAGCUUAAGAUGAUCUCUUUGACUAUCAGCAGUUGUAUUGCUGUUACAAAGUUGGGUGCCCAAAGAAUUUCUUGCCCUGCAUUUUACACGACUCUUGCUGAAACAAUACAGGAACUUUUUGAAUCAGCACGUGUUCUCGGAUCAUUAGGCAUUUCAUAUCAGUUUGCAACCAUGGCUGGUCAUGAACAUGAAUUCUUGAACAUUUUUGGUCCCAAGGUAUUGCAUCACAAUACAGAAGAUGAGAUACUUUUUUGGAUGACGUUGUUACAGAAAAAGCUUUUUGCUGCAUUUGUUAAAGAGACUUUUCUUCACCAUCUUGAAGGUUCCUUUGAUAAUCAGGUUUUGGCACGGGAUUUGGCUAUUCUAGGACUAUUUGCGUUUCUGGGAAGGAAAACAAGACUGUUCUUAUUGCAUAUGGGCAUAAAUGAUAUUGAAGAACCUUUGAAAAGCUUCAUCUGUUACUUGGAAUGCGGCAUCCUGUUUGUAUAUCCGAAUCUGUCUUCCUUACUCAUGUAUCAACUAUUCAUGGAGGUUGUAACCGAGGAAAUUAAGUGGCUCGAUUUAUAUUCUGAAGUGUCGCGCACUAGGCAACAAGCUAGAAAGCGGUCGAAACAACAUCCUACACAAGCUGAGAAAGAGAUAAUUCUAUCUGCAGUUUUUGGUGUUUGCUCAGACAUAUUCUCAAACUUUGCUCUCUACUGUAAGAAGACUCAAAAAACUCCGAGUGUGAAUGUUGUGAUUUUUUUGAAUGAAAGCAAAAACCUUCUAAGCCUUUGCCUUGAAGAUUACUGGGCUGCUUAUGAUAAAAUAUGUUCGUUGACAGAGAAUGCAAAUUUAUCAUGUAGAGAUCCCCCAUGA